UAGUAGUAGUAGUAGUAGUAGAUGGCAGGGAGUUCAAAUUCGAAGAUUGAAUUGUUGGUGUGGUUAUCUCGAGUCAUGGGUGGUCUUUGUUCGAGGUCCGAGGAGGAGGAAGAUGACCGGAUGUUUGUCAACGCCGCUGAGAAACGUGGCGGCAACAACGGUGGUGAUUUCACGACGGCGCCUCAGGUACGAGGAAGAAUGGAGAGGAAUGUGGAAGUGGAAGAAGAACCUUCUGGAACCAGUACUGCUACUGCUACGAAUAGGAACGAAGAGUUCUACGAUGGAAUCCCAGUCUUUGGAAAUGAUUCUUGUCCCCACAAGUCUAGGUCUAAGGUCUCAGAGGUGAGUUCACGCCUGGGCAGAGCUGGUACUAUUGGGUUUGGGAAAGCAGUGGAGGUUUUGGACACUCUUGGGAGCAGCAUGACGAAUUUAAAUGCUGGCAGUGGAUUUGUUUCUGGAGCUGCUAUAAAGGGGAAUGAAAUUUCUAUAUUAGCUUUUGAGGUUGCAAACACAAUUGUCAAAGGUUUUAAUCUUCUGCAAUCUCUUUCCACGAAAAGCAUUAGGCAUUUAAAAGAAGAGGUGCUUCUUUCAAACGCUGUGCAAGAUUUAGUAUCAAAGGAAAUGGAUGAACUUCUCAGUAUUGUUGCUGCAGACAAGAGGAGGGAGUUGAAAGUUUUUUCUGACGAGGUGAUUCGUUUUGGAAAUCGUUCAAAGGAUCCUCAGUGGCACAACUUAGACCGUUACUUUGAGAAGAUUAACAGAGAAUUAAAUGCUCAAAGACUGUCAAGAGAUGAGGCAGAAUCAAUAAUGCAACAAUUGAUGACUUUGGUUCAGUUUACAGCUGAAUUGUACCAUGAAUUACAUGCUUUGGAUAGAUUUGAACAAGAUAUUCAGCAUAAGUGUGAAGAGGAGGAUCAAAGAGGUGAUAGCCUUGCGUUCCUGAGGGCGGAAAUUAAAACUCAAAGGAAGCAAAUUAAACAUUUAAAGAAAAAAUCACUCUGGUCUAGAAGUUUGGAGGAGGUUCUGGAGAAGCUUGUAGACAUUGUCCAUUUUUUGCAUUUGGAGAUAAGCAAUGCUUUUGGCAGUGCAGAUGGCCACAAACCAUUAAUUGGACAUACAAGCAAUCACCAAAGGUUGGGCCCUGCUGGCCUUGCUUUGCAUUAUGCCAAUAUAGUGCUACAAAUUGAUACACUUGUAGCCAGAUCCAGUUUUAUGCCUGCAAAUACAAGGGAUGCAUUAUAUCAAAGCUUGCCUCCUAAUAUUAUAUCAGCUCUGCGUUCCAAAUUACCUUCCUUUCAUGUUGAAGAAGAGCUAAUUGUAGCAGAUAUCAAAGAUGAGAUGGAGAAAACAUUACAUUGGUUGGUCCCGAUUGCCACAAACACAUCCAAAGCGCAUCAUGGUUUUGGAUGGGUAGGGGAGUGGGCAAACACUGGCUCUGAGCUGAAUAGGAAGACUUUCCAGUCUGGGGUCAUGCGGAUAGAGACAUUCCACCAUGCAGAUAAAGACAAAGUAGAAAAUUAUAUUCUUGAACUUCUCUUAUGGCUUCACCGCUUGGCCAUAAAAAAUAAGGCUGGCAGUGAUGCUGACAAAGUGAGGUCUGCCAUCAAGUGUCCUAUUGGCACUACCUUGCAAAAGACAAAUAAGCAAUCUGCAAAUGCCCAAUUACCAUUGUUGACAUUUGAUGAGCAAAACAUGCUUCAGGAUGCAAGUAAGAAAAAAAAUAUUAGAGGGAUCAGUAAAAGCUUGGACUUUGACAAUGCGAAGACUAGAUUGAGGGAGAACAGCAGACUGACCAAGAGUUACAGUCAUUCAUCAACUAAAAGCAAGGAAGUAUCUUUUAACAGGAUUUUGUCUAAGCUUCCUGUGAUUGAUUUUGAUAUUGACAAAGAAAGAGCACUGAACGUGAUCGACAGACUAGAUGUGAUCAGAUAAUUUGCAAGUUCUCUUGAUUGCCUUUGAAAUUAAUGGAAAGGAGUAAUAAUACAUGUGGGCAUAAGAGUGGGAUAUUCUUUCUGAAAGUGUUGAAUGCCAUAUUUUUGCACCACCUUUGGCACCCUGGAUUCCCUUAGCUUCAUUAGGUUGCUUUGUUUCGUUGAAGUUCCACAUGGUAUGUAGAUAUCAUCUUUGUAUGGGCACCCAGGUAAUUGCUGUGACUACAUAGGCAUUCAUGAUUGUAUCUAUGUGACUGCAGUGCCUACAUAGUGCUGUAGGGGUAGACUCUGGUUUCAUUCUCGAGAGUGUAUAUACUAUACGAGGAAAUGAGGAUAUAGUGCCCAUCGUUUUGCACAGCAUUUAUUUGUGGGUUUGGUUGCCCAUGCUCACUGCGGAAUCUAGAAACCUUUUCUGAAAUGUAGUUCCUUUUGUGAUAGAUUCUGGACCAUAUCAAUGUUAACGUAAAUUCCUUGAUUCACGUCGUGUAACGAUAAGAACUUGAU